AUGAACGAUAUUCGUUGCUUUCGAAGCACCAUGGGCGAAAUACUGCACACUGAUCUGGACAGUUCAGCGUCGCCCGCGAGGCUGGAGUAUACAUCCGAAAAGCAUUCUAGGCACACUCUUGAAGCCAUAAAUCUGCUUCGGCUGCAUCGAGAGCUUUGCGACGUCGUUUUGCUUGUGGGAAACAGGAAGAUAUUCGCUCACCGAAUAGUGCUGUCGGCAUGCAGUCCAUAUUUUCACGCAAUGUUCACCGGGGAAUUGGCAGAAAGUCGGCAGACAGAGGUCACGAUACGAGAUAUAGAUGAGCAUGCAAUGGAGCUGCUUAUGGACUUUGCUUACACAUCACACAUAGUGGUGGAGGAAGGCAACGUGCAGAUGCUGCUGCCAGCGGCCUGCCUCUUGCAAAGCGAAAUUCAAGAUGUCUGCUGUGAGUUCCUCAAAAGGCAACUGGACCCAACUAAUUGCCUUGGCAUUCGUGCAUUCGCUGACACACAUUCGUGUCGUGAACUUCUGCGUAUAGCAGACAAGUUCACGCAACACAACUUUCAAGAGGUGAUGGAAAGCGAAGAAUUUCUUCUUUUACCUGUCAACCAGUUGGUGGACAUAAUAUCAAGUGAUGAACUUAAUGUCCGGAGUGAAGAACAGGUUUUCUCGGCGGUCAUGUCUUGGGUUAAAUACAAUGUUACAGAAAGGAGACAGAACUUAGGACAGGUUCUUCAGCAUGUCCGGCUUCCUCUGCUGAGCCCUAAGUUUCUUGUGGGCACAGUUGGCUCAGAUCUUCUCAUUAAAAGUGAUGAAGUAUGUCGUGACUUGGUUGAUGAAGCCAAGAAUUAUCUGUUGCUGCCCCAAGAAAGGCCACUCAUGCAGGGCCCUCGCACGAGGCCAAGAAAGCCUGUGCGUAGAGGUGAAGUCCUGUUUGCAGUCGGUGGAUGGUGUAGUGGUGAUGCUAUUGCCAGUGUGGAACGCUACGAUCCUCAGGCCAACGAAUGGCGGAUGGUGGCCCCGAUGAGCAAACGUCGAUGUGGUGUUGGUGUUGCAGUACUAAACGACCUUCUUUAUGCUGUUGGCGGUCAUGAUGGCCAGUCAUACCUUAACAGCAUUGAACGGUAUGAUCCCCAAACAAAUCAGUGGUCAAGUGAUGUUGCCCCGACAAGCUCCUGCCGUACAAGUGUUGGAGUGGCUGUACUUGAUGGUUACUUAUAUGCUGUGGGAGGUCAAGAUGGUGUGUCAUGUCUCAACUUCGUUGAAAGAUAUGACCCACAGACGAAUCGAUGGGCCAAGGUGGCACCUAUGAGCACCAAAAGGCUUGGGGUGGCGGUUGCUGUGUUGGGAAGUUAUCUUUAUGCCAUGGGCGGCUCAGAUGGCACAUCUCCACUCAACACUGUGGAGCGAUAUGACCCACGAACCAACCGCUGGAGUUCGGUGGCAUCAAUGGGCACUAGGCGCAAGCAUCUGGGCUCGGCAGUAUACAGCAACAUGAUUUAUGCUGUUGGUGGUCGUGAUGACACUACAGAGCUUAGCAGCGCUGAACGCUACAAUCCACAGUUGAACCAGUGGCAGCCAAUAGUGGCCAUGACUUCACGACGCUCUGGGGUUGGACUAGCAGUAGUGAAUGGGCUUCUUUAUGCUGUGGGUGGAUUCGACGGCACCACUUACCUGAAGACAAUUGAAGUGUACGACCCUGAACAGAACCAGUGGAAACUGUGUGGAAGUAUGAACUACCGGCGCCUUGGAGGUGGAGUUGGUGUUGUAAGACUUCCACAGCAUGAGGCACACUACUGGUGAAAACAAAGCCAACUCAUUGGAGCUGCCCACAACCUUUUUGUGGGCCCAUGAAUUCGGAGACAUUGAAUCGCCUCAGAGGUUGCAAUCUUCAUACAUACGAAGGACCUUGGUGGUUUUAAAUUGUGCACCAGUAAUUGAAGUUGGCUGAAAGGCUGAGCUAAAUAUAUUGACUGGCCAGUUCUGCUGUAUACAACUUCGUGUUCAUAUUUGCAACCGAGAUUCAUUGGUAUUGACAGGCAUUAUUGCUUGUUUCCUUGAGUUGCUAAAAAAAUAAUCUUGUACCAUACCUGGGGAAGCUUCUUACUGUAUAUUUUUUAUAUGUACAUUUUAGGCUACAAUUGCAUUAACUUGUCUAACCAUGUUAUUGCUAUUGUUUGUCAGAGACAGCACUUUGUUUGCGACUGAUGACUAGGCGUGCACCAUUAUUGUCAUGUAUGACUUGGCUAGCUGUUUUAAAUACUCACUACACCAAUGCUGUUAGUGCCUGUGAAGGGAGGGUUCAAAAGCUGUGUGUGACAGGUAUGAAUGUUCUUGGAAGGUAUGAAAAUGUUUUUAAGCUUCCCCACUAUGCACAACCAACUCUACACAUACUGUGGCAACCACAGGCUCCUCAAUUUCGGUAUCCUUUCUUAUCUUGUACUGCUAGUGCCGUACCAACGGUAUAAUAUUUGGCAUGUUGGGGAACAAGUUCUGUACACACUGAACCACUUGAUUUACCUUCUCUUGCAUAAACAAUAAAGAUCUGCAGAAAAGACUUA